AUGGACACACCUGACUCCGCCGUCAAGAACGGAGCGGCUACUCCCAACAGCCUGGGGGAUGAGAAGACCAAAGAAGGACACGAACACAGCCACCAUAAUCAUCUUCCUCAUCUCCAUAUACCCCACGGUCACGGCCACGGAAGACGUUUUCUUGAAUUCGUGCAUCCUCACACCGGCAAGACGGUUCACGUCUGCCACAGCCCCGAACAUCUCGAACGGAAGCGCAGCGAACUUCUCCGCGAGAAAAAGGUUGAAGAAUUCGAUGUCAUCCUUCAGGGGACCCCCGAGCACCUCGAGGCGGUGCGUGAUCUUCACGCUCACCACCAGUCGAGGAGGGACGAGCUUCGAGACCGCCACGGCGAAUUGUACACUGACAUCGAAACCGUCAAAGCCGACCUAGACGCACUCGCGGCCGAACUACAUCAUAUCACCGCGCACGCCGUGUCUCUGGACGCGUCCUUUGACCGGUACGGGUACUCGGCGCACCUACGCACCAAGGACGACGACUCCGAAACGAUGUCCGUGCACACCAAUGACCACCCGUCUGCCGUGGAAAGGCACAAAGACCGCUCCGCCGAACCUCUUCGAUUCCUCAAGCGGCCCGUUAUUCGCCAGUACUUCCACAAAGGUCUGCUCUGGCGGUCGGCAAAGGCGGGAGAGGUGGCAUCGUUUGAACUCUUCCUCGACCUCGUCUAUGUCGGCGUCAUCGACAUCGUGGGCGAAAAGGCAGUCGAGGGCGCCAAUGGCUUGUCCCUCUUGCACUUUGUCAUCAUCUUUUCCAUAGCAUGGAAGAUCUGGGCCGACCUAACCAUGAUCAUCAACCACUUUGAGAUCGACGACAUCUUCCAACGGAUCUAUGUGAUCUUCUACCUUGUGUGCCUAUUUGGAUUCACGACCAACAUUGCCUACGCAUUCGAAUCGACCUACACGUCCGCAAUCGCAUUUUACCUCACACAGCGCCUCUUCAAUGCGGUAUGGUUCAUCUACGUCGCCUGGAUCCUACCCACGAUCCGCGGCUCGAUGGUCCUGCUCUCUGCCCUGAUAGUUAUCUCGUCCGCCUUCUGGAUCGGGAGUAUCCAUGUCCAAUGGCCCGGCCAGUUAUCGCUAAUCUUCAUCGCCAUCUUCAUUGACAUUUUCGGCAACAUCAUAGUGAUCUGGUUCGUCAAGCAGACCCAAUCGGGAGUUCUCAGGGGUGUGAUGAAAUAUUUUGAAUUCUCGCCCGCUAUCAAUAUCGAACAUCGUGUCGAGCGGAACAAUGCUUUUGUGUCACUGGUCUUUGGCUACUCCAUUUUAACUAUCUUGUUCCAAUCGCACGCCUCUUUCGGCAUCAAUGCAUUCUUUGGUAAAGGAGUCCUUGGUCUCAUUCAAGCAUUCAUGUUUAAUUGGAUCUACUUCGAAAUAGACGCGUACCACGUCCACGUGCACGCUAUCCGUCGACACUGGGUUUCGGCGAGUCUAUGGGUAUCGGCGCACCUCCCCUUUAUAAUGGGCUACGUGCUCGCGGCGUCGACGCUCUCCCGGCUGGUGCUUGCGCACGACUCUGCCGAUGCGGACCCGGAGUGGCUGGGCGAAGGAUACGCCGAGCGGUCUGAGUCCGAGGUGCCGACAGCGUUCCGCUGGUUCUACUGCGGGGGGCUAGGCGUCGCGCUGAUCUGCAUGGCCGCCAUAUCGCUAUCUCACAUCCACAAGCGUGUCAACACCAAAGGCAAAACGCGGCUCCGCAAACGGCCGCGUCUCGUGUUCCGCGUCUGCGUCGCCGCCGUCAUCAUCUGCCUCCCACUCGCGAAAUCGCUGUCGUCUCUGUCGCUGAUCUCCAUCACGACCGCCCUGGUCUUUUCCGUGCUCGCUCUCGACCUGUUCGGCAUGAGCCGCAAGGGCGACAAGUUCUGGACAGGGGGCUUCUGUCCGCACGAGAAGAAAAACACCACCUACACGGCCCAGUGUCGGCUAGGGAAGCGGCGCAGGAGGGAGAUUGAAAAGGCGAUGCAGCGCGGCGAGAAGGUUGGUCUGGCGGACCUGCUCAAACGAAAGAAUUCGAGCAUGAGCAGUCUCGAGAGUGAGGAGACUUUGAGGGACGAGGAGUGGCAGGGCGGGCAUUUUUAG